GUCGCUAAGGGUCGGUCCUUGUUUCAAGUCUAGCCUGUGGGGCUGUCUCCGAAUCCAAGCUCCCGUUCAGGUUGGGUUGGCGGGGUCCAAAAUCCGGUCGCGACGCGUCUGCACCCGCGAUUCGACCGACGAGCAUCACUAAUCGCUUAAAUGCCCUCACAAUGCCCAGAGAGAUAAUUACAAUCCAAGCUGGCCAGUGUGGCAACAGCAUCGGAAGUCAGUUCUGGCAGCAGCUUUGCCAGGAGCAUGGCAUCAGCCAAGACGGAAAUCUCGAAGACUUUGCGACCGAGGGCGGUGACCGCAAAGAUGUCUUCUACUACCAAAGCGACGACACGCGCUACAUCCCUCGGGCCAUCCUGAUCGACCUUGAACCACGGGUUAUCCACGGGAUACAAACGGGUCCGUAUCGGAACAUUUACAAUCCUGAGAAUUUCUACGUUGGCAAGAGCGGCGUGGGAGCCGGUAACAACUGGGGUGAUGGAUAUCAGACCGGAGAGCUGGUGCAUGAAGAGAUUAUGGAGAUGAUCGACCGGGAGGCGGAUGGUAGUGACUCGCUUGAGGGCUUCAUGAUGCUGCACUCCAUCGCUGGAGGCACGGGGUCCGGCCUGGGAUCGUUCCUCCUCGAGAGGCUCAACGACCGCUUCCCCAAGAAGAUCAUACAAACUUACUCGGUCUUUCCGGAUACGACUAACUCGGGUGACGUUGUCGUCCAUCCCUAUAACAGCGUGCUGACCAUGAGGCGCCUAACCCAAAAUGCCGACUCCGUGGUGGUGCUCGACAAUGGAGCUCUCGCACACAUCGCGGCCGACAGACUCCAUCUUCAGGAGCCGUCCUUUCAGCAGACGAACCAAUUGGUGUCAACGGUCAUGUCAGCCAGCACCACCACCCUCAGAUACCCCGGUUACAUGCACAACGACCUCGUCAGCAUCCUCGCUUCCCUUAUCCCUACCCCCCGAUGCCACUUCUUGAUGACCGCCUACACGCCAUUCACUGGCGAUCAAGUCGAGCAGGCCAAGACUGUCCGCAAAACCACCGUGUUGGACGUCAUGCGGCGUUUGUUGCAGCCCAAGAACCGCAUGGUGUCCACCGUCCCGGGAAAGAAGAGCUGCUACAUCUCCAUUCUCAACGUCAUCCAGGGCGAGGUCGACCCGACGGACGUGCACAAGAGUCUACUACGCAUCCGGGAGCGUCGUCUAGCUACAUUUAUCCCAUGGGGUCCGGCAAGCAUACAGGUGGCAUUGACCAAGAGAAGCCCGUACAUCCCCAUGGCCCAUCGCGUGAGUGGGCUGAUGUUGGCGAACCACACCAGCAUUGCCACGCUUUUCAAAAGGAUAUUCAGACAGUAUGAAGGCAUGCGGAAGCGAAACGCUUUCUUGGAGGGCUACAAGAAGACGGCGCCGUUUGCUGACAACCUCAGCGAGUUUGACGAAGCGAAGGAGGUGGUGGCCGACCUUAUUGCCGAGUACGAGGCGGCUGAGGACGCCAACUAUCUCAACCCUGAUCUGGGUGAGCAGGCGACCUCGGCUGAGACGGACAAGAGGAUGGGGUGAAGGGGACUCCCGAGCUGUUGGUCAGCUACGUUUCGUUUACAGGUUGGAAGGAGUCAAUAGGCAUUGGCACGGUUGUUAUGUUUAACGGCGUUCCGGAGCACGAGGCGGCGAAUGGAUAGGCUCUAAAGCAUCUACUACCAAUUUA